GGCUAGAGAAGGUGGUGAUUCUCUUCUUCUCGGCCUGGAGACGACCCACAGAAAGACAAGUGUUGUUUCUCCAAGCGGUUAUAUGAUUAUUUUUGAUCGGGGAAAAACGGAGAACGCCUCCCCGAGUUGGAGUAUGCCAGAGGUGAACCGGCCCGGCAUACAACCCAUCAACUGAUUAUGUUCGACUUGUGUUUUAAGAAUGUGGAUUGAAAUCGACGUCUUUGUGAUUUGAUUCUACUAUUAUUAUCUUAUUACUACGUGCAAGACACUGGAAUUUUACAAUAUCAAAAAGAUUCAUCUGACUUCCACUUCCACCAGUCAAAAUGGGCAGCGUUGCGCAGACAUACUCUGAGGAGGCUCUCGGAAAGCUCAACAACCCUAAGCUCUUCAUUUCCGAUGCUUUCAUUGGAGGCAAAUGGGUGAGCAAGGACAAGAAGUUUCCCGUCACAGAACCGGCAACUGCCAAAACCCUUGGACAAGUCUCAAAUUGCGACCUAGAGGACUUUAAAACCGCAAUCAAUGAUGCCUACAUUGCACAGCCAAAGUACUUUGAAAGCACCACCGCCGCACAGAGAGGCGCAGCUCUACGACGCUGGAACGAUCUGAUUCUCGCCAACAAGCAAGACAUUGCAACUAUUCUCAGCUUGGAAAAUGGCAAGACGUACGCUGAGGCCGAAGGCGAAGUUGUCUACGCCGCCAGCUUUGUGUCAUGGUUUGCAGAGGAAGCAACGAGAGCAUAUGGAGUCACCAUUCCCUCGUCAACCCCUCACACCACCCUCCUGACGCUGAAAGAGCCCGUCGGUGUCUGUGGUAUCAUCACACCAUGGAACUUCCCGGCAGCGAUGAUCACUCGAAAGAUCGCCCCGGCUCUGGCGGCAGGCUGUGCCGUGGUUAUCAAGCCCCCAAGUGAGACCCCGUACACGUGUCUGGCGCUUACGAAGCUGGCUAUCGAAGCUGGCAUUGAGCCAAAGGUCAUCCAAGUCUGCCCGACGAAGGAUCGUCAAGCGGCCACCGAGCUCGCCACCAACCCACAAGUCCGCAAGAUCAGCUUCACGGGUUCUACCGGAGUCGGUAAGAUGUUGGCAAAGCUCGCUGCAGGAACUCUGAAGAAGUUGAGUCUUGAGCUGGGAGGCAAUGCACCUUUCAUUGUCUUUGACGAUGCCGACCUGGACUUGGCCGUGGAAGGUGCCAUGUUUUGUAAAUUCAGAUGCACUGGACAGACAUGUGUCUGUGCAAACCGAAUUCUCGUCCAAAAGGGCAUCGCCGAAGCCUUUGCCACCAAAUUGGCGGCCAAGGUGGGAGCUCUCAAGACCGGUCCUGGCCUGGACAAGACCACCACCCAAGGCCCGCUCGUCAACCAGGCCGCCGUUCAAAAGGUCAAGGAGCACGUGGACGACGCCGUUUCCAAGGGCGCCCGCGUCGCCAUCGGAGGCUCACCGGGCAGUGGGGACGGAUUCUUCUUCGAGCCCACCGUCCUCACGGGCGUGACCAAGUCCAUGAUCGUGGCGAAAGAAGAAACCUUUGGUCCCCUGGCCCCGAUCUUCCCGUUCGAGACCGAGGCCGAGGCGGUCGAGCUCGCCAACGACACCGAGUUCGGCCUGGCCGGAUACUUCUUCUCCAGGGACGUCAACAGGAUCCUGAGGGUGGCCCAGAAGCUCCAGUGCGGCAUGGUCGGCGCCAACACGGGCAAGAUCUCGGCCUCCGAAGCGCCCUUUGGGGGUGUCAAGGAGAGUGGCUACGGCCGCGAAGGAAGUCUGUACGGUAUGGACGAGUACCAGAUCAUCAAGGCUGUCACCAUUGGAAAUCAAGAUAAGUAAAAAAGAAAAAGAUUUUGAACCUCCCAGCCAUGGUUCUGAUCUCUAUGUCCCCGCCUCCAGGAACUUGAGGGAGAGGAGGAGCGGAGCGGCUUUCUAAAAACAUUCCUCCGAUUCUACAUGUAGAGAAAAU